ACGCCCCGCGUCCCCGUCUGCCCUCACUCCCGGGCUCGGCGGUCUCAUUUACAGCGUUUGACGCGUGACCCCAGCGCGCUUGCGACUCGGGCCGGGGACAGGCGCGGAGGGCACCCAGCGGUCCCAUGUGCUUCCUCCCUCUCGCGGCCGCCGCAGUCGCCGCGCCCCGAAUCCCGCUCCGACUCCUCGGCAGAGGGCUCGCCGCCGCCAUGUCUACCAGCGAGCCACUCAAAUCCGUGGACUACGAGGUGUUCGGGAGAGUACAGGGUGUUUGCUUCAGAAUGUACACAGAAGGUGAAGCUAAGAAAAUAGGAGUGGUUGGCUGGGUGAAGAAUACCAGCAAAGGCACCGUGACAGGCCAAGUACAAGGUCCUGAAGACAAGGUCAAUUCCAUGAAGUCCUGGCUGAGCAAAAUUGGGAGUCCUAGUUCUCGCAUUGACCGCACAGAAUUUUCUAAUGAGAAAGCCAUCUCUAAACUUGAAUACUCUAAUUUUAGUAUUCGCUACUAAUGGAAGAGAAAUAAAAUUGUAAUGCUUACUUUGCACAAGAUACCAUAUAUUCUUAAGUCCAUAUUCUAGAACAAUAGUACCAGAGUCAGAUAUAAAAACAGGAACUUUCUGUUCUGAAAGCUGUAGAACUGUAGGUAACUAAAAAUGUCUGACGCUGAAAUAAUUUUGCUCAAGAAUGUUUUUAGCUUUCAAAAAUAUAAUAUUCUAGUUAUAAAAUACUUAAUAUGAACACUCAAUUCAAGCUUGUCUCAUGGAAUUUUUAAUUUCAGUGAACAUUAGCAUACAUGUUAUUUAGCUAGACUUAAGAGUUAACCAUCUAAAAUUAUUUUUAGGUAUUAUUGCCUGAGAAAAUUCCAAUGCCUUCUAAAUAUAAUUUAUUAAAGCUGAGCAAUCUGUUAUUGGAGCCUUUAAAAGAACCACUGGUUAAAAUAAAUGUAUGUGAUGAUCAAUAUAAGAUCUAUCAAUAAAGAAUUAAUUUUUAAAAUUCUGAUUAAACAUAAACAUGUUUCAGUACUUAA